CUGCAAGGCUGCCAUCUCCUAACCACCCAGCAAAUCCAGUGUUUUGCCCAGGGGUUUAGUGCCUCUAGACCAGAACAAGUUCAGGAGCUCCUUAAUAACUCAAUUGAUAGACUGAAAACUAAAAUUGGACAUACAGAUGGGCAUCUUAUUCUGGUGCUGGAUAAGCACCUCCAGAAGCUGCCCUGGGAGAGUAUGCCCUGCUUGAUGACCAGAUCAGUCACUCGUCUUCCGUCUCUGCACUUCCUGCUGAACUACAAUCUCCUUAGAAAGCACCAGCCUCAGAACAGCCUUGUUUGUGGAGUGGAUCCUAAGAAAACAUUUUAUGUCCUUAAUCCCCAUUCAAAUUUACCAGGGACAGAGGAGCGAUUCAGG